GACGUAUCGCGUCAAAUGCUUUUACCUUGCGCAGUUGUCAAACAUCACGCGUAUUAUUCCAGCGUCGCUUUUUUAAGAGUCGGUUGAGUGAAGUUUGACGCGGCUGGUCUGAAGUUAGCAAAUAGCGUUAGAACGUUUAGCUCCUUGUCGUUAUUUAUACACACCUUUGCUUUAUUUAAAACGCGCCCUUUUUGCUCCUCGAUCUUACUUCCCUUUGGGCGUGCUGGUAGUAGCUAACGUUAGCUUGACCGCUGGACGGAAGUAACCUCCUCACCUAGCCGGGAUGCACCUAGCCGGGAUGCUCCUCGUUUUUCUGGUGUUCAGCCUGUCUCUGGCUACCACGGGACAUGCAGAGGAGGAGGACGACGACUGGAUAGACCCUCACGAUAUGCUCAACUACGACGCAACCACCCAGACCAUGAAGAAGACCAUCGAGGCAGCCAACUACGACAACGUCCCGACAAAGAGAAGAGAACAUACUCCGGACUCCAACCAAGCGGAACUGUCGAGAUGUCGGUCUCAAGUUGUGGCUCUACAGAGACAGAUUGAAGAACUUAAGAAGGAAAUCAAGCUCAUCUCACAGCAGCCUACCUGCAAUCCAGUGUUCAAACGAUUUCUUACCAGACUCCGUAAAGAAAUACAAAGACUUGGUUUGCCCAGUGACCCCUUUGAUGUCUUCUAUGAUGCUAAAAUCAGAGUCACCACACAAGGCAUGGCAGAGAUUAAGUCACUGCUGGAUGGGGAAGACAGUUGGAGAACAGGGGCUCUCGACAAUGCAAUCAGCCAGAUACUCGUCGAUCUCAAACCACAUGACUACGAGACCUGGAAGUGGCGCUUUGAAGACACUUUUGGCUUGGAGCUUGACACACUAUUAAAAGUGGGACUGGUUGUUCUGAUUAUAGUGGCCAUUGUCUGCACCGAGCUGUGGUCAACAGUGUCCUGGUUCAUGCAGCUCAGCAGACUGUUUUAUGCUUCUUUCUUCAUCAGUAUUAUCUGGAACUGGCUAUAUCUGUAUAAGAUUGCCUUUGCUGACCACCAAAGCAACAUGGCAAAGAUGGAUGGUGUUUAUGAAAAAUGCACUGGAGUGAAGAAAAUUGAUUGGAGUGAUAGCUUGAAAGAGUGGUUGAGAAGCAGCUUGACUCUUCAAGAUGACCCUUGUAAGAAAUAUCAUGAACUCCUCUUGGUCAACCCCAUUCUGCUGGUUCCUCCAACCAAGGCGAUCGCAGUUACCUUCACAACCAUGAUCACAGAGCCGAUGAAGCACAUUGGACAGGGGAUCAGUGAGUUUCUGGUUGCACUCCUCAAAGAUCUACCAUUUACCCUGCAGAUUCCAGUUCUCUUCACCAUCGUGCUUGCUAUUGUGGCAUGCAUGUAUGGAGGUGUGCAGGCGGCCUUUCAGCAUGGCAUCGCUGCACCUUUUCGUCGCCCCCGAGGCGACCCACCUCCUCCACAGCUGGAGCGACCGCAGCCCGGGGUCCAGGAGGUGCUGGCCGGGGACAACUUAGCAGGAGGGGACGCACCGCUGCAAGCCCCAAUGCAUCAAGCAGUUGAAGGCCGGCUGCACAGGAACCAGGUCCGUCAGAGGCAGCCGGACAGACGGAAUGAAGAGAUGGGUGUGGAGUCGCUAGGCACAGCCCCUUCCAGUGGGUACGAGACGGAUGGCGAGCAGCGGGAGGCGGAGCCGAAUCUCUCCGCUGGGUUAAAUUCAGAAAACCUCCCUGAGCCAAAAGGGGAAAGUGCUAGCGAUGUUGAAACAAUUAUAUCCGAAAGGAAAGCAACUAUAUCGGACUCAUUGCCUUCAAAGAGUAAACCGCUGAAAGGGAUUGAAUUGCUUUCAAAUAAAGUUGUCAAAGACAGUGCAGCGCCUCAGCCAGCAGGAAGUCCACAUCCAUCAGCUGAUGUUCAGGAUCUAUACUCGGCUGAAGACAGCACCUCUUGUGUCUCACUGCCACCUGUUGAAACUGUUGGAGUUCCUGUUCAGGAAACAUUGCCGGUGAUUGCAGCUUCAGCAUCAGUCAAUGCUGGGAAUGAAACGUGAUCUGCCUUUGGUGCUUCUUCCUGGACUUUACAGGUGGUGAGGCCAAGAAGAGUGGAUGUCCUUGACUGAAAUGUGCAUAGACGUGGACGUUUGCUGACUUUACCUCGUUCCCGUCCAGCCAAUUGACAAUGCCAUGUCAGCAAAAAUGAUUAGUAGUUAUAAAAAUGGGAAAAUGUAUAUGUAAAAAAAAAAAAUCAUAAUAAACUAUAGUUGAUUAUGUGUGUGUAUUACCCAGGGACAGAAAUCAUGCUCUUUAAAAUUAUUUAACUGUAAUGAUGCAACAGAAUAUAAUAGUGAUGAACAAAAUAAUAUUUAUUUUUAAAAAUGAAAAUACUUUUUUUUUAAAAGUUGUGAUUAACUGCUUUUACAUUAAGGGCUUGAAAUAGCAUUGCUCCUUCCUUUCAUUUUAUAUUGGAAUAUUUAAAUUGCUUAUCCAAAUCAUAGCAGGAUUGCUGUCUGUAUGAUUUUGCACAGCGAAGGAAAUUGCAAUAUGCAGUUCAUACAUCAAUGUUUAUAUUACAAAAUGACUGAUACUGGUACAUGGUAUUGAAUCAUUAAAAUAUUUCUGUACAUCGUG